UGAUAGUGCCAGUCGUUCUAAAGGAGGCAAUACCAGCUACAACAAAGCACAUUGAUUCUGAGCUCCAAUCUUCUCGGGAGAUGAUAUACAAAUACACAGCAAUUUUGGAGAAGAUGUAUGGAAAACAGUCAAAAACCAAUCUGCUCAAUUUAACCCAGAUAAAAGAAGCACUUUACAAUGCAAGACAGCAUGAGGCAUUUUUAAACAUUAUUUUGUCAGAUAUCAUCACAUGUGCCCAACAAGUUGAUCUAAUUGAUAAGCAGUACUGGGCACAAAAGGAACAAUUGAGGGAUACAGUCCGGUUAAAGUCUGCAGUUCCCACAGCGCAGGUCUAUCCACUCUUUAUUUCACUAUCUAACCUGUGGAACAGCUUCCAGGAUGAAAUUGUGUUAUUAAGUGUCCUUAGCAAUAUGACUACAAACCUGCAGCCCUUUCUAGGACUCCAUGAAGAGCUCUUUCCUGAUCACAUCCUCCAGCCAUUACUAAGUGAUUUAACAAUAAAAACUGAUGAAGAAAGGAAUAAAGAAAAUGAAGGUAUUCAUAUAAAUCCAUCAAAUUUUUCAACACAGGAGUGGUAUUUCCCUGAAAACACAGCUAAUUAUGAACGGCUCCCAAUUCAAUACCAUGGAUUUUGUGGCUAUACUGUUGCUACGAAAGAUGGCCUCUUGUUGCCAGGAAACCCAAACAUUGGCAUUCUGAAGCACAGAGAAAGGUAUUAUAUUUUCAGCUCCAAGGAAGGUGCUUCCAUGUUUGCUCAAGAUCCAGAUCACUAUAUCAGUUUAAUUGGAGAAAAUGCAAAACAGUGUGCAGAGCUCAUACAGUUAUUGGAACUGCACCAGCAGUUUGCAUCCAUCACACCUUAUUCCCAGGCUCAAGCUACUGAAAAACUCUUCAUGAAACCAAUCACCAAAUGUAACAGUGGCACCCAGACUGAUACACACUUCAUGGAGAGCAACAUUGUCAAAUCAUAUGAGUGGAAUGAAUGGGAGCUGCGCAGGAAAGCAAUUAAACUGACCAAUUUGCGACAGAAAGUGACACACUCAAUGCAGACUCAUAGUAGCCACAUGAGAAGAGAGAACUUUACACAGGUGUAUCUUCCAAAGCAAGUGGGCACGCAGGCAAAAAGGGACAAUUCAAGCAAUGUCCCUAAGCCGCAAGUUUUUCUAGCUGGACUUCGUGGAUGUGGUUUAUUAAAGCCAACGAACAUGGUUAAAGUAAAUCUAACCAGAGAUAUUGAAGAAUCCUAA